CUAAAGAAAGGCAGACCCAUGUCGAGCUGGCCGAAUGGAUGCGCCGCAGCCUCCUAGCUUGGGCAUUCUGCGCUGCCGCCGCGGCCUGUAGCAGCCCCCCGCAGCUGUGGAGGCACUGGGGAUGUCAUCGCUGGGACUGCGGAGACCUCGUCAGCACUGAGGGCUGCGAGAACACCUCCAGCGCCUUGUGCUCAAGCUUUACCUGUGGCCAAGGUCCGGACCUGGAGCCUCGGGGCGCCUUCGCCUGCAAACCACUUGCCAACUGGCGCGAGGUGUUGGAAGCAUCAGCCAUGAAGUGCUUCCACCUUGAUGACGGGGUCGACUUCCGGGGGAGUUUGUGGGGAAUCAGCAGGCAGCAUUGGAGGUUCCUGGGCCGACGUGCUUCCGCUCUGCGUGGGCUCAACCUAUCCGGGCUCGCCGGGAGGCAACUGGCAUCGGAACUACACGGUGCGUGCCGUGCUCUUUCGGCUUCGCCUGUCCUGGAUCCCAGCGUCGCCGUACCAGCCCGAGCUGUGCUCCGGCAGGACCAGCGCUGGGGCGCUGCUUCUGCCGUGCGAGCGCGUGGACUUCGCAGACCUGGUGCUCAGGAGCUUGUGGCCGCUGCUGCUCUUCUCCCUGCAGGCGGCGCUGUGUGCUCCAAGCCUGGCGCUGGAGGUGCCUGACGUGGCCUAUGGGUGCGGCGGCCAGCUUUCGGUCUACGGGGAUCGCCUGCGCCUCGCCGGCGCGCAUCUCGCAGAUCCCCCAGGUCAAGCUGGCGACCCGCAGAUCUUGGACUUGUUCCUGGAGGCGGUGCCGGCGCGCGGCAGCGAGGCAGAGUUCCUGCAGCGAGAUCUGCGAAGCUUGGGCCAAGAAGUCUUCGUACCGGCUGCUGCCUGGCACAACAAUGUCACACUGCCUGCGGCCAAUUGGCUGGUGUCAGGUCUUCAGCGCCUGGCCUCUGAGCCCAAGUCCUUCAACCUCCGGGCGGACACGGGCUUCUUUCAGCAGGAUUGGCUGCCGUCUUUGCGAAUUUCCCUGCAGGAGCCGUACAUCAUCAACCGCCACGUGGUUCCGGGCUGGCAACUGGUGACCCCGCCUGUUGCGGAAGAAGACAGGAAUUCUCAGUUCUUGGCGUGGCUGGAUGACUUGGAGGCGAUCGCCACCCUGCUGCUGGUGUGCUUGCCCGCAGCGGCGUGCCUGUGGCUGUUGCUGCGCUUCUUCUUGUGGAGCGCCUGCUACAGGACGAGCUGGAACUUCCUGAACACCAUCCGCAGCUUCUGCAGUCUGGCGAUCCUUACGCAGGUCCUCGAGUUCUCUUGCGUCUUUGGUUUGGGUGGCGCCUGGCUUGGCCGCAGCUGGGCUUUGCCGCUGUGGGGGUCGGCCUUGGCAGCGCCACUGGCAGCGGCGCCCGGUGGUUUUAUGGUGCUGCAGCUUUGGCGCAGCCCGCCGGUCCCCGCGCGGAGCCGCUGCUUCUGCCGCCUGCGCAGAAGGACCUGGGCCUACGGCUUCGCCCUGCAGACCUGGUGGCAUUUCCUUUGCAGCGGCGCCGCAUUUGUCGUGGCAGUUGCUCUGCUGCCGAGCGUCACGAAGGAUCGUCCAGGUUUCCGCUUGGCCCUCGCGGACUGCCAGUUCCAGCUGGAGCAGUGCAGAGCCAACACCGGCGCGAGCGCGUGGCGGCAAGUGCCCGACAGUUCCUUGGAGCUCCACAGCUUUUGCGCCCUGCAGUGCUCCGACGUCAAGGUGCCGGACCAGGACGUCGCGCUGAGCCUCGGCUACGUGACCUGCAAGCUGGCGGCCUUCUGCUCUGGUUGGUCCCUGCUGCUCCACCUUGGCCUCCUUUGGGUCGCCUGCCGGGUGCUUCGUAUCGCCGCGAAGCUGCCACGCCACAGCGGCCAGAGCGGCGCUGGCGAGGUGAAGGCGCAAGCCAAGGAAGAGCCGGAGGUUCUGACGUCCGCGCGUUUCCAGCAGAAGGUCUCUGAGGCCAAAGCGGAUCGAAGCUUCCGAGAGGCGCUGGAUGAUGGCUACAAGGACCCCAGAGAGGAGCCAGAUCUCAACUUUGAGCCGAAGCUAUCAGAGACUGGCCGAGCCGCCCAACGCAUGGCUCUGUCCAUUGCCGCGCAGCUGCCAGAGCCGCCGGAGCCUUCGGGGCCGGCGGGGAAGCCGGAGCCGCAGGGGCCGAGUGCUUCGCAGCUGAAGGAGCUCCUGGAGAAUCCCAUCGCCGACCAGGAGCUCGUAGACUUCGCCCGCGCCGUGGCCGCCGAGGCCAUCGCCGCGGAGGCGAACGCGGCGGCCGCGGCGAGCGGCGGAGGCAGCCGCUCCUUGAGCUCGACGCGCUCCAAGUCGCGGUAGGGCGAACCAAUCCGCGGAGCUCGAGGCGCUGAGUUUGGAAUCCGCUGUACCAAUUGUCGUUCUUUUUUUUGCAAGGGCCAACAGUAGAGGGACCGGGCAAAAUAAGGUAGCAUUGCCAGCCGCCACUAGUUGGAGAAGAGAAUGGCUAUCAUUUGGUGGGCUGUGAGAUGUUGUGACUUGGCGACGUCGUGUCUCCGUUAAGUGCAAAGAUUGGUAGAUGACCCUAUCGCUUCCCGCAUCAAGAUUGGGAAUCUUAACGAUCAGACUCGCCGCAGCCUGACAGCCGGUCUUUGUAUCCGGUUUCGCCCGUCCUUCAGCCUCGUGUUAAUGAGCAUGGCCGCAGGCCACAGAAAAUGUAUCCUUGGCAGUCGGAAGUGUCAAAGCAUCACUCUUCCGGAAGCCAUAGCAAGGCCCGCAAGCUCCAUUGGCCGCUCAAGCAAGGAGCUUGGCUUCGGCAUACAAAUUCCAUUGGGUUUGGGCAGUUGCACAAAAUGCUUACUCCGGAAGCCUGCCACUUGCAGUGGCAUGGUUUCUGUGGAUAACGACUCACUUGAGCA